CCAACCGCUCCAAUCCGGACUCACCCCCGCCUCUCGAACUCGAAACCCCGAUCACCUCACCUCCGAAGCAUCCUCCGCUCUGCGCUUCCUCAUCCAUGGAGUCCCGGGCCUAAACCAUCCCCGAAUGGGCCUCGCCGACGCGGCGCGCUCGCGGCUGCUGGCCGCGCUCCGGCCGUGGCUGGUGGCUGACCCGGCGGAGCUGCGGGUGGAGCUUGGCCCGCUCCGCUCCCGCGCCGUCGCGCGUGGGCUCCAGCUUGGCGCCGCGGCGCUCUCCGCGCCGGACUCCUUCCCCGCCAGGGUCGACCGCGCGGCCGUCGCCGAGGUCGAGCUCGCCGUCUCGCCCUGGGGCGCCCCCGCGCUCGCCGCAGUCCUGCGCGGUGUCGACGUCUCGCUCACCCUCAGGGAGCCUGCACCGCGGAAGCAGCGGCCAGACAUCAAGGAAUGGGUAUCCAAGGAGAAGAAGAGAGUGAUUGCAUCAAUUGACCCUCAGGGUGAAAUAUUGCAUGAGAUGAUUGAAGGUCUAGUUAGCUCCCUGGAAGAUAAGUUUACCUCGGGAUUUGCCAGUGUACUUCUAAACUGUAGUCAGGUGCGGAUUGAUGAUAUCACAAUACAAGUUCGGUAUCUUGAUGGCUCCCAUGUUUUGGUAUUGAGGGCAACUGACUUACAGUUAGGUCCUGAGCUUGUUUCUCGCAGUUCUCUGUUCAGAGGAUUAGUUGGCUCUUCUAUAUCAUCAAUAAAGAAGAAUCACCUUCUUGUUAAAUGUAAUGAUUUUGAGUUUGUGAUGAAGGAGAAUGAUUGUACAGAUUGCACUGCAUCUUUUACAGGCUUAUCUGCUUGUGCUAGACUGGAUAAUCUCCAACUUGCUGCUUUUAGCAUCCAUGUUCCCAGUGCAUGCUGCAAAAUUUCACCAAAAGCUAUUCCUUCGUUGAUGGUGAUUUUGGACAUUACAAGUCAAAAGGAACACUACAAGACUAGGAGUGGUAGGGAGCUCUGGCAAAUUGCUAUGCAAAAGCUUGACAGUCCAAUAGUAGGCCGCAGAUUUUCUUUAAGCAAGGCCUUAAGCUGUGCUACUUAUUGGCAGCACUAUGUUCAUGCUUAUGUGUUGCUGUUAUCAUUAGUCGGAUAUCCCUCUGACAAGGUGAUAAAGAAGAAUUGUGGUAGGGUGUCAAGGAACAGGAAAAUGUUGGGAGCUAUCAGAGAUCAUUGGGUAAUUGUUCUUGAGUUAGAGGAGAAAGUUCCUGCAGAAGCUAUUGCUAGAGCACGACGUGCUGCCCGUUCAAAACUUGCCAUAUCACAGCAACAGAACAAGCAAGAAUCAUCAAAAACGCUUCUGGUUUCUUCCAUAAUGAAAAUUCUCUCUCCUUUUUUAUAUUUAUGGAGGUUUGUUGUAUUCGCAUUCUGGUCAGUGUUCAGAGCUAGGGAUUCUGGAAACAAAACAUGUAGAUCCCGUGCACACAUUUUUCCUGGUUUCUCUCAUGAUUCAGACAUGGAGUUUCAGCUCGGAAUUCACCUUGGAGAACUCUCUGUAAUCCUGUUACCUAUUGCUGAUCACUCCAUCGGCAUGAAAAAGUUAAACAAUGGAAGCAAGAGUUAUCACAGUGAUUUACCUUCGAUACAUUUGGUGAUAAAAUCAUCAUGCUUACUUUACUCAGCUGGUUGCAUCACACAAUCGCUGUUUUUUGUUGCUGGAGAACUGAAGGUUUUUCUCGCUGGUGUCCCGAAGUUGUCACGAGCGGAUAAUAGCAACACACUUGGGAGGAAUUCAUCUUUUAAAACUGCAGAGUUUGCCGAAGACACUGAUUCAAAGAUGAUCCUCUGGAGUGAUUCUGCCAGUAUGCACCCAUUUUCCGAAAAACAAUCUGAUGAAUUUCCCCACAGUGAUGGUUCGUCCACUGCUGUUCUACGGAGUGGUAUGGAGAAACUGUGGAGGGAAUGGAUGUUAAUCAGCAAUUUAUACAAUGAAUCUGGUGUGAUACAUCAUGAAAAGCCUUCUGUUAUUUUUGAAGUCAAAUCAUACGUUGUUGAUCCUUACCAAAAUAUAAGUGGGUUUCAGCAAUGCAGAUUUACAGUCGGUAAACUAAACCUUGAUUUGGAUUAUCAGUGUGCUUCAUCUACCUAUAUGCUGCAUAGACAGUUCAUGCAUUACAAACAUCUGAAAGAGCUAAACAGAAAUAUACCAAACCUUCCGAUUCCUGGUGCCUCUAUAACACCUGCAAGUGGAGUUCUUGAUAAACUGAGAUCAUUCACUCAGAUAAUGAAUAUUGUGAUGUCAGAUGCUAUUCCAGGAAAUACCCUCCAGAUUGAAGCACUGAUUGCUGGUCCCAGUAUCCGGUUAUCCUUUGAUAAAAACAAUUUGUUGCAAAAUUGCAAAAAUAAGUAUGUGCCCCUAUUUUCUCGGAUGAAUAGCAGGACAUCCUGCAUAGUUCUCAGUCUGGCAUAUGUUGAAUGUGCCAUGUGGCCAGCAUCUCUAUCUACUCCACCGAGAUCUAAUUCACAUGUCAAGGAAUCACAUAGUACAUUUUGCAUGAAGGAGGUGCAAGAACCUGCUUAUCCUGCAACCGAAAGUAGUGCAAGACAUGUUUAUCCAGAGAAUAUUGAGUUGGAUGCUUACUUCAAAUUGGCUAAUCUAACUCUCCUGAUAGAUAAUUUAGAGACCAAUCAUCAGUGUCAUGUAUUUGGACCAAUGUCGGCCAAUUUCCAACUGUCAACAGGCAGGAAGUAUGUGCAUUCCUUCUUCGCAGACAGAAACAUUCUGUCAAUGAACUUAGGAGGAGGAAUUGUUGGUUGCAUAGCUUUGUUCUACAUGGAUGAAUUGUUUACUGUUUGCCAGCUUAUUGAAAGUAUGCAUCUGGUGGCAUUGAAUUCUGACUUGGUUAAUGUUAAGUAUUCCCAAGAUUUUAUUGGAAGGCUAGCAUCGUUCUGCAAUAAAACUGUGGUGGGGAGCACAAGAGAUCUUGGCAUUGAUCGUAUUGCCCAGGAAGAAUCAAUUGACUCUCAUACAGAACUCAUAGUUGAAGUGGAACCAACAUACAUCAUCUUUAGUACUUCACGUGGUGGACUUUUUCCGAAUCCUGCCGUCUUUGUCAACAACACCAUAAACUACAUCAGCAGCUCUCCUAUAUUUGAGGGAAUAACAACACAGGAAUUGCAUGAUAUGUUAGCUUUGGGUGUUGGGUUCUGCAUCAGAAGUUCUUCUUUGAAACUUCUGCUUGGUGGACAAUGUACAUACAUCCUUGUUAGUUUAUCCGGAAUUCAGUCUGUGGUAUUCGAGAACCAAGUUGAAUACACAACUAUGCUUAGUAGUUUACCGUAUAACAAGAACCAGUUCAUUAUAACAGAAUGCACCUUCCAUCUGCGUGCUGGGCCCACUAAAGAUAGCUUGACCCUUGUGAAAAUGGAAGAUGAAUCUAGAAGUGGUCGCGUUUCUGAUUCUUUGGGAAUUUGCUAUUCUAUUGAAAUUGAAUUUACAGAGGUUUAUAUUGGAGACUAUAGGGUUCACAACUAUUUAACUGAAGUCAAUCAACCCAGUAGACAGAAAAUCUCUCUGUUGAUCGAUGAUAAUCUUCAAAUUUUCAAAUGCAAAAUCCAGGGUGGCUUGAUCUUUCUUGAAACAAUUUUCUUAGCUAAGCUUGUUUUCUGUUGCAAAAUUUAUUUUUGGCUGCUUAUGGAUCUCCCAGUGUGGGCAACUUCAAAUUUAGCCAAAGAUUCAGUAACUUCAGUCUCUGCAAAAAGUGACCCUAAUGUGAUCAACGGUUAUACACAGGGGGAAGUAUCACCGGUGUCUUUAGGUGUUCAUUCACAAAGUGAGGAAUCCCAUUUGAAUGCUAUCAAAUGUCUAGAUAUUGAUUUAUCUCGGAUUUCUAUUACACUUGCUGUUGCGGAUGAACCUGGUACAUAUCAGGGAUUAACUCUCGAAGUUGACGCAAGUUUUCAACUAUUGAAUUUUGGCAUGAAGAUUUUGUUUGAGGUGAAGUGUCUUUCAGUCUCCACUAUUAGUAGUAUGCCCAAGAGUGCCCAUGAACAAUUGAGAGAUGUGCCAGCACCCCGUUUUCGGUCCAGAAAGUCUACUGUUCUUACAUCUCAGUCUGAAAUUCAAGAAUAUCUUCCAUUUAUAGAAGCGGAUAAUGGUGUUACCCAUGAUCGUGAUGCUCCUGCAAGUUCAACUUCUACAUUAGAAAGUUCAACAGGCAAUACACUUGAAUUUUCUUCACAUAAGAGUUAUAUCCUCAGCCAUUUCUCUACUUCUCUUAAGAUAGAGAAAAAACAAUUGGAUAGAGAUUCUAAUUUGAUGUGUUUAAGUGGUGAUUAUUGUGGAAACGGUUUUGUUUCUGGUUUGGAGGUGACAAUAUCAUUAUCAAGCAUUGAGAUGAUCUCGUCAUUACUUGCUCCUUUCCAUGGAAUGCUGAGUUCUACUGCAACUCAGAAGGAAAUACAGAUUGGUGACACCACUCAGCAAGAACAGCUGGAUAAUAUAGAUUGUACUAUACCUGAUGGAGCAAUUGUGGCUAUACGAGAUCUUGAUCAACAGAUGUAUGUAUCAGUCAAAAAUAUUGGAAUGAAGUAUCAAGUGGUCGGUGCAUACCAUUAUUCCCUUGCUGGUGAACAUGCAUUAUUUAAGGUGAAACACCAUAAGAGAUGGGGGUCAGACACACCAUAUAUUUCUCUUUUAUCUUUAUGUGCAAAAACUGAUGAAGGCAAAGAGCUGGCCCUUAGUUUCUCCCAAGGAUCAGAUUUGGUUGAAAUUUCUUCAUUUGUUGACAAGCCUUGUUCACUGUGGAGCUUGUUUCCUCUCGGGUUUGAUAGUUUUGAGGAUGACGAAGAUGAUGGUAAUUCUUGCAAGGUUAUUUCAAGUAGUUCUUACCAUCUUGUGAACAAGAAAAACAAUUAUGGCAUUGCAUUUGUGGAUGGUCUACUGGAGUUUGUGAAAAAGCCAGGAAAUCCAUUUAAGUUGAAGAUUUUGGAUGAAUAUCUAUUCUCUGAUGUUGCAAGGCUCAUUGUUCCCAAUAUGAACUUGGAUGGUAACUCUUAUUUGGAUGUGGAAGAUGAGUUGCCUUCUGCUGUAAUGGAUAGGUUGGAAACUGUUGCAAGUUCACAACAUAUAACCAUCAGUAUUGAUAAGAUUGUUUUUACCAUUACGCAUGAAGUGUUUGAUACUGGUGAUGUUUUUCCACUGGUCCAAAACUGCAUAAAUGAUAUCCGUGUUGUCACACAAAUAUACCCAUCCAAGAUCAGGAUUCUAAGUUCAUUCAAAGUUUCAGGGCAGUACUUCGAUGCCCGCAAAAAUAUGUGGGAGGACCUUAUCUCACCUAUCACUUCCUAUGUGUUCUUACGAUUUAGAUUUUUCAACCAAGAUUCAGUUACUAGACGUAGCGGGACCCCACUGCGUUUCUUCUUUCAUUUAAAGCAGGUGGAUAUUUUCAUAAAUGAGCUUUCAGUUGACAUGCUGCUUUAUUUGGUCGGGAAGUUAGGCUUGAUGGGUCCAUAUGCUGUGAGAAACUCAGCUAUUUUUCCUAACUGCUGCAAGAUAGAGAAUAACUCAAGGCUGGCACUUGUAUGUCAUUUUCAAAAUAAUGGGGACGCAAUAGUUCCUGGACAACAGUCGACUUCAGUUUUCUUGAGGAAUUUUGUAUUUGAUGAUAAUCGCCCACAUGAUCAGAGCUUAGUUUCUAUUUCUUUAUUCAAGGAAGGGGCAUUUUCAACUGCUCCAAUCAAUAUUCCUCUCCAUGAGUCUGGCAUCUACGCAUGGAGAACCCUAGCAUCAUCUCUCAAAGAUUCAAGACGCUUCUCUGGACCAUUUGUUGUGGUCAAGGUGUCCCAGAAUUCUGUGGAAGGUCUAUCGCUUUCAGUCCAACCUUUGUUGAGGAUAUAUAAUAAGAGUGACUUUCCCCUUGAACUUCGGUUUCAGAGGCCACAAAAUGAGAAUGAAGAGGCUGCGCUUGUCACAGUUCGAAGCGGUGACAUGGUUGAUGAAUCUACUGGAGUACUUGACGCUAUGAAUUUAUCUGGAGGAUCCAAAAAAGCGCUGAUGUCUCUAGCCCUUGGAAAUUUUAUGCUGUCAAUUAGACCUGAGAUGUCCGAACACUCAAAUCUGAGCCAUGCAACUUUAUUCCAAUGGUCAGAAGACAUAACCGGUGAAAAAGCAGUUCGCAUAUCUGGUGUUAUAGAAAAACUUAAUUACAACAUAAGAAAAGCCUUCAGUAUUGAUUCCAUGAAGUCUUCUUUCAGUUCUUUGAGUUGCCCUGUUUCCGUUGAUGGUCAGCAUGUGACGGAUCUUUAUUUUUUGAUUCAUACUCUGGCUAGAGAUGUGCCUUUGCAGCCUACAAAUGGUACUCGUGUGUCUGGCAGGAGUGCAUCAGUGGCAUUACAGCUGCAAAGAGAAAUUUUUAUAUACCCGACUGUUCAAGUGUACAAUUUCUUGCAGACAGACAUACAUGUGCUUCUGACUGACUCCAAACCGGAGAAUACCAGAGACGAUAAUUUUGGCCUCAUUGGAAAGGAGGCAACAAUUACAAGUGGUUCAAGCGCUUAUUUCUAUGUGAAUCCUGCCAUGUUUAAUUUUUCAGUCACACUAAUUUCAUAUGGUUCAAAGUCCAAGGCAGCUAAUAGUGCCGAUUGGGCCAAGAGAAUGCAAAAGCAGACAGCUCGAGCUCAAUUCCUUGAUCUAGAAUUAGAGUUUGUUCCUGGGAAGUUUCAUUCUUCUUUAAGACUGUUGCGUCAGGAGAAAGGCUUGCUGGAGGUUGCUCUUUUCACAAGAUAUACACUACAAAAUACAAGUGACUACCCCUUGCUGUGCACAGCUUCUGGUCAAAAACCACUACCCGCGUUUGAAAUUGGAAAAGGCAAUAUUAAUCUUCCUCCACAGAAUGGUUGUAUUUUGCCCUCAAUGUCAAUGAGCUCCUGGUUUACAAAGUCAAAUAAACUGCGAAUAAGCCUGCAUGACGAGAAAGGAUCAGAAGCAUUUAUUGAUUUAGAAGCAUUAUCUGGUUUCACUGAAUUUUUUCUUGAGAUCCACGAUGAUAUAUUUCCCCAUCGGAUGGCAGCUUUCGGCAUGUCUUUACAACCUGUUAUUUAUGGCUUGCAUGUGUCAUCACAAGUUGUAUUAAUCGUGCCAAGAUAUGUGAUCUCAAAUGAGUCUGCUGCUGCAGUUGCUGUUCGCCAAUGUCUUGUUCAGGAUGACAUAGAUGGAUUGACAAUUGAAGCUAAACAGAGGGCUACCUUACAGACAUGGAAACCUGGAAAAAAGCGAGAAGGAAACUACUUUGAUUUGUUUCUUAAGAAGCACAAAAAUGUAUCCGAGGAUUCACUCAUUUUUAUCCAGUUUUGUCCAAAAGAAACAGGGUAUGGUUGGUCUGGACCAAUUUGUGUUUCAUCAAUCGGCCGUUUUUUUAUGAAGUUUAGAAGAUCAGAAGAUAUGGUAAUAGAUGGGAUUAACAAAGACACUUUACAAGACGGGAAGCUGAAACAGUUUGCUUCUGUUGAUGUUGUUCAAGAGAAUACAUCUUUUGUUCUACACUUCACCAAGCCACCAAAGGUUGCACUACCAUAUCGGGUAGAGAAUUGCUUGAAUAAAGCAUCUAUCAUGUAUUUCCAGAAGGAUUCAGACGAAUCAGAUAUGUUAGGCCCUCAAGAAUCAGAACAGUAUGCAUGGGAUGACUCGAGUUUACCCCGGAAGUUGGUUGUGCGCAUUGUUGAUACACCAGCACUCCGUGAAAUUAAAAUUGAUAAGAUCAGUCCGUGGAAGCCAUUCUUGAAGAUGCGAAGCAGGCUCAAUCUGGAUUUCUCGUUUAGUAAUGGACUCAGUUCAGAAAAACAAGGAUUUGAUGAUUCAUUUGGACUGAGGGUGUUUAAGAUUGGCUAUGAAGUAUAUGCCGAUGGUUUAACCAGAGUUCUACGGAUAUGUGAACAGGCAGAGAAUCCCAAAGCUGAGAAGAUUCAACGGCCUAUAGCACAUACACAGUUCAGAAUAUCUUAUAUGUGUAUUCAUCUUCUUGAUAAGGGCCAGAGCGACGAAGUGCUUCAGUCACCCUCUACAAUCUUAAUGGCAACAUUUCAGCGUGUAUCUGCUGAUUCAGUUAUCACAGAUAGACACAAGAAUGUGGAUGUUGCAGUUUAUUCAGUAAACGUGGAUGAAAAGUGGGAUGGAGCUUCCUUCGGAUCAGUUUUGAGGAUGAACAAGCUUCAGGGUGAUGCUCUCAAUGAAAAUGUUCUUCGUAUAGUUUGUGUACUAAAUUCAUCGAAUUCCAGUGUCAAACAAGUCCACUACUGUUCCAUAAUUCUGCAGCCGAUUGAUCUGAAGGUUGAUGAGGAAACGUUAAUGAAGCUUGUACCAUUUUGGAGAACAUCCCUUGCUCCUGCUGGUACACCGAGCACACAAUUUUAUUUUAGACAAUUCGAAGUACAUCCAAUUAAGAUCAUUGCAAGCUUUCGUCCUGGAAGAUCACAGACAUCUUACAGCUCUUCUCAAGAGGCUCUGAGAGCGCUAUUGCACAGUGUUGUAAAGGUGCCCGAGAUAAGUAAUUCAGCGGUGGAGCUCAAUGGUGUUCUCCUAAAUCAUGCUUUGGUUACAUUCCGUGAGCUAUUUUUAAAAUGUGCCCAGCAUUAUUCAUGGUAUGUCCUGAGGGCAAUCUAUGUAACAAAGGGAAGCUCGUUGCUUCCUCCAUCUUUCGCCUCGAUGUUUGACGACUCGGCUUCAUCUGUUCUUGAUGUUUUCUUUGACCCUUCUGAUGGCUCACUCAACCUCCCUGGGCUUACCAUAGGCAUGUUUAAGUUUAUAAGCAAAAAUAUGAAAUCAGGUGGAACAAAGCGGUACCUUGGUGACCUUGGGAAAACUGUUAAAACUGCAAGUUCAAAUGCUCUCUUUGCUGCUAUCACGGAAGUUUCAGAUAGCGUUGUGAAAGGAGCAGAAACAAAUGGUUUAAAUGGAAUGGUUACCGGCUUCCACAGAGGCAUGUUGAGGUUGGCAAUGGAGCCAUCUGUGUUAGGGCAGGCUAUAAUGGAGGGUGGUCCAGACAGAAAGAUCAAACUUGAUCAUAGCCCUGGACUUGAUGAGCUAUACAUCGAAGGGUACCUGCAAGCCAUGCUGGAUGUCAUGUAUAAACAAGAGUACCUUCGUGUGAGGGUGAUUGAUGACCUGGUUUUCCUAAAAAAUCUACCACCGAAUAGCGCUCUCAUAAAUGAAAUUGUGGAAAACGUGAAGGGCUUUCUCGUGAGCAAGGCAUUGUUGAAAGGAGACGCCUCUACGGUUCGGUCUUGGCGCCGUCUGCGAAAUGAGCCUGAGUGGAAGAUUGCGCCGACGGUGCUCACCCUGUGCGAGCACCUGUUUGUGAGCUUCGCGGUGCGCCUGCUGCACCAGGAGGCCACCAAGGCCAUAGCGGAGGCCACGACCAAAGUGAAGGGACAACUCACUGGAGGCGAAGACGAAGGCGAAUCGUCGUCCGGCGGAGGAGCCCUGGUUAAGCGGGGCAGGCUGUGGACGGUUGGCAGGUUCGCGGCUUCAGGCGUCGUCGCCUACGUGGACGGCCGGCUGUGCCGCCACAUACCCAACCCAAUCGCCAGGAGAAUCGUGAGCGGGUUCCUCCUGAGCUUCAUCGACAGGAGGGACGACGAAUAGGCAGAGGCAGGCAAUGCGAUGCGAUCGCUGGCCGCCAUGUGUAGCCAGCUUUGUACAGCAAUUUUGGCCCCGGCAUGUGCAUACUUUGCGCACGGAACAUUUUAUCCGGGUUUUCUCGUCGAGCUUUAAGUUUGGCCUGAAAUUUGGAACUUUUCUUCCUUCUAUAGUCGAUCACAGGAAGAACGCAUACACUUUCUCAAAAAAAAAGAGAGAGGAAGAACGCAUACACUCACAUAUACCACAUGUAUAAUGUAUAGAUGCUACGCCGGAAUUAACGGGGAUAAAUGAUAAAUCCUCCAAUCUACUCUUGAAA